UUAGGCUUUGCUCGAAGUUCAACUUCGCACAAUUCAUUAAUACUUCUACCUUGCAAAUCCUCAGCCCGUUCUGCAUUCUGAUUCACUAUGGCAAGAACAGGUCAUUCCACCAACACGACUUCCGGAAGACACAGGGCGCGUCAACCACAGUCUCAGAAGCUCACAGACAAGGAGAUUUUGGAGUUGAAGAACUACCUUCCUGAGUGGACUGCCGCCAAAAGGAGUGAGAAGAGGGGGAUUUUCACUGCCAUAGCAAGGGCGGCCAGGUUGUUUGCUCCUAAGGUGGACCAAAAACAAUGGAAAAAGAGGAAGCAGGUGAUGCUCCUUUGUUGCGUUGAAAAACUAAAUUUUCAACAUCACAUUUUUUCAUCAAAUCUUAGGUGUACAAGACUUGGUUGUUCAACAACAAGAAAAAGAAGGAAAGGAAGGACACCAUCAAGUAUGGGAGGAAAUGGACGCCCAGGAUGGUGGUCUACCAGCAGAAACGCGAAGAGGUGCUGAAGAGGAUUGAGGACGAGUCGGGGGUAAAGCCCGGAGAUCCUGGUAUGUUCAAACAUUAUCAGGCGGUGGUGAAGAGAGUCAUGGCUGAAUUGGACGACGACGAGUUGGAGAAGGCGAAAGAAACAGCGGAAGAGUGGUCCAACAACUGUCCGCCUCCGGAGAUACAAGCACAAGUCGCCCGUAAGAAGGGUCCGGCAUAUAUGGAGCACUUUUCGAACGAGAUGUGGAGGCAAUGUGGGAUGAGAGUUUUUGUGAUGUCGGCUUGGAAGAAUGAAAAGGGAGAGGUGCUGUUCGGGAUGCAUGAUGAUAACGAGGCCUUAGGAGACAGGGACAGCUUCAUGAAGACGAAGGACUGGGAGGACAUUGAGCCAGUGUGGCAGGAGUACGCGCAGGAACAGUUCGGUGCCGGGGCAUGGGAUGGAGGACGUCAGGUCAAGGGAGGUCGAAAAAGAAUUCGAAAACCAGCUUUCGAACUCGAAAUGGACGGGGAGGGUAUGCCACUCCUUCCCGACAUCACCGACACGAAACUUGAGGAGAAGAAGGCCAUAGUGAGGGCCUUUCUUACAUCGCACUAUCGGAUAUGUUCCGGGAAGGACAAGGCGGUUGUACCAUGGAGUGCCAUUGUACAAAGUCAGGAUGACUUCGUGGCCCGGACGUAUCUUCCGGCAGAUGUUGACUUGAAGGAGCCUUCAAAGCUGCAAAAUUGGGACACGACUGCCUUGCUCCAUUUCUGGCAUGCUCAGCAGGAAACAGGAGAAGGUCCCACAUUUCUGUUCAAAGCAUGGAAGAACAAAGAUGGGGACAUGGUACCAUCUGUCAUAUCUGGCAAGUCGCCCUCUCCUCAGACUAGUAUAGUGAGAAAGCAGCAGAGGGUUACCAUCCGAGGGCCUCGGGAUUCGUCGACAGAAGCCGAGAGUGAUAAGGAGAGUGCCACUAAUCAUACGGAGGAUGAUGUGGAUGAUGACCUGGCUGACGGGAGACAUCCGCUGAUGAAACCCAGGACGGGAGGUCCUACACCAAAAGGGACGGCAGUCCCACGUGCAAUUCCAAAGCCUCGCCGGGCCAAGCCGGCCAAAAAAGGUGCAUUACUGACAUCAAGAAUGGGCGACCUCCUUGCUGGGUUAACUGAAGACGCGACCAGAGAAGUUAGAGAGGAUGUUGAAAUGGAAGAGAGUAUCACGCCGCCGGCACAGAAAAGGGGGCGGGGCAAGAAAGUCACAGUUGAACCAUCCACGAGGACAACCCGGAGUAAGUUGCAAAUGCCAGUAGACAGUACACCUAGAGUAACCAGAGCACGGGGACGCACUUAAUGUAGAUAUAUCUUCCUGCCGUCAUGUGUAAUGUCAUAUGUGCUAUUGUGUAUAUGUCAAAGUACUAACGACCUAAUCUUAAAUCCCAAAUCUCCAGUACCAAGGCCCGAGUACCGAACCCCGAGUUCUGAACCCCGAGUUCCGAACCCCGAACCCCGAUCACCGGGCACCGAGCACCUAGUACUGAGUACCGAGUACCGAGUACCGAGCACAGAACACCGGGCAGCGAGGA